UAAAAGAUUGCUGUAAACAUUACAUUGUGAGUACAAUCGUUUCUAACGUCAAAAGGUUUAGAAAAUUAAGUGCACAAUAACAGCUCAAGCUCUUAACAAUAGAAAGAUGAAGUUCGCCAUUGUUGUGGUCUUGUUCGCUUUGGCCUGGGGAGUUCAAUCGUCGGUCGUGCCUUUGGCCGGUACCGUUGUAGUUGGUCCUGGUGCAGUGGCUGUGCAUGCCGCCGUUCACCCCGUAGCUCCGGUAGUUGUCGGUCCUGGCCCUGUUCAAGUGGUUGCCGGCCCCGCUGUGGUCCCUGCUGUCGUUGCCGCUCCGGUGGGCACUUAUGUUGCCAAGACACGUGGUGCUGUCCAUGUGGCCCCUCUUCCAGGCCAUCUGAACUCUGCUGCCUCCGUUAAUUUGGAACCUGCUCCCGGAACUUUGUAAACAUUGAUCGCCAACUUGAAAAUGCGAAAGUUUCUACAUAUGCUUUGAAUUUUGGACUUAUGAAUUAAUUUCCCUUUCUCUUUACGUUGACAAGUACACAAAAAACAUGUAUGGGUGUUUAUCUCGUUCUGAUUUCGUAUUUAGUUAAAUUAAAUUAAAAAAAAAAAAAAACGCAGACCAAUCAAUUUUUCUGUAAAAAGCAUUUAAAUCUUUUGUAAACAUCUUCUUCAUCUAUUCUUUCUUUCUUCAUCUAUUUUUUCUUUCUUCGUCUGUAUGCGCUUUUCAACUUUCAACCAUUCUUAUGUGAUAUUUUAUCUUUACAAAAAAAAAAAUAAAUAAAUAAAAAAACAAAUCCUUUCUCUCUAA